AAAGCCAUCAGGAGGGCCCAAGCUCAGUAUAAUCAUCAGUAUGACAAGAACGUGCGACAGAAAUAUCUGAACAAGGGUGACUGGAUCCUGGUCCAUUUCCCACAAGACGAGACUGGACGAUGGCGUAAACUCUCCAGACCUUGGCAUGGUCCCUAUCGAAUUGUUGAGCUGACUAACACCGGAGUUACGGGUGUGAAAGUCUAUUACCCGCAAGAAGGGAAGCUGCAUGUCCAUCAGUCAAGAGUAUGUGUAUGCCCGCAGGAGUUUCCAGCUGGAUUUUACUGGUACGGAGGGAAGAGAAAAGGCCCUGGACGUCCACCAAAGUGGGUCAAUCGCCUACUGCAGUCUGGUUUUGCAGACAACACCCCACCACUCAGCAAUAGGGCGCCAGAUCAGACCAACGACAGUGAGGACGAUCACUUUAGUGCCUCUCACAAGGAGGGCAAUUAUCAGACAUUGCCAAACACUCAAAAAGUCAGACCGGAACAAGAGACGACACCUCGGAUGUUCAAGAGACCACAGAGCUGGUGGAUAGCAGAUCAGAAGAACCGCAGUCUCAUGUGAACUCAGAAGACGACAUUGGCGCAUUUAUGUCUCGCGACGACUCAGAUGAAGGAGCAGCAGAUACUGAGGGAAGUCAGACACCCUGCUCGAGAAGUUCAAGACAGCGACAAGAGGGACUGGGGUGACGGGACGGCCGACUGCGGCAGCGAGUGAAGCCCCCACAACGCCUGUUUUGAAGACCCAAAGUUCGUAGGCGAACUUUACUUCUGGAGGGAGGGGUGAUGUGAUGACUGCACUCUAUGCUACACAUUAUCAUAGUCAUAAUCAUUCUCAUGGAACUAGUAGAACUAUUGUCAAUUCAGUCAUGUGCGCCACACAUACAUACUCUGAUACUGAGCAUGCGCACUGGGAGUAAGUGUUGGCUCCACGACUGAGAAACGUAGAACGUCUCUAUAUACAUGUGUAUCAAUGACAGCGUUAUGCUGUAAAUCUUACAGCCAGCCAGGAAGAGGAGGGAAGUGGGCUCCAUGCAGGCACCGGCUGUGGAAGAUCUGCUGCAGAGUCUUAGAUUCAAUACUGGAGAGCACAGCAUUGGAGGUCAGAGGUGCAAUCAGCGCUACGAGUGGUACCAGACUCCGUCUGAGGUGGUCCUCCACAUCAUGAUACCCAACGUGAAGGAGAAUGACAUCUUAGUGGAGUUUACUGACAAAAAGACUCUCCCUCCACCCCAGUCACGAUAUCCUGCCAGACAAAUGUCUCAUGAAAUGCCUCAAAACAAAGGUGGAGCUGAGGAUGAAAAAAGCAGAAGGACUCCAGUGGACAACACGUGAUAAAAGAGGUUGGAGUAAUAGCUCAGUUUAUUGUAGCCUUUCCUCUAUCAGGUGCACCUCCUAAAGUUUAUGAUUCAUAUUUUCAAAGAUGGGAUUCAAUAUCUGAAGAAGACGAAGAAGAACAGCCAAUCU